AUGGCGUCAAGAAGAAAACAACCAAGAAAUAAGGAUGGAAUCCACUUCGUCAACGCCAGACCUUCUACCGAAACAGAAAAACUGAAAGCUCAACGCAUGGUACGCGCCCAUGUAGGACGCUGGAUCUCAGACCAAACAAAAGACCGCUCCAAAUUUCACCGCGCAAUCCCCUCCAGCUCCUCGACUUCCCAACAACAACCCUCCCACCCUCUUCUUGCCCGUGUCCGCCCAAUCCCAGGCCCCACUCGCGCCCCCGAUCGCACCUCGCCAUUCCCGCCCUCCAACGCGUUCGAUUCAAGCGACAGCAGCAGCGAUGAGAGUAAUUCCGAUACCCGGAUCCGCGACCCCCGCGUUCUCGAUCGCUGGUACAAGCUCCCGGCCCUGGCACGUCUCGAGCGCAAUGUCUCCAGCAUGUUCGAUCCCUUCGUGACAUACCCCGCGCCCCGCGCUUUCGAGCCCGAGAUGAUCGAUAUGUCCGAGCGGUAUAUCACCGGCGUGGUGUGGCCUGGUCUCACCCCGCGCCCGGACCAUAUCAAGACGCCUGGGAAUAAGUCGUGGUUCCAGAUGUCCAUGGCGAACCCGGAAUUGUUCACGGCGUUUAUGUUCGGCUCGUUGUGUCACCUUCGCGUGCAGUGGCAGAAUAAUUGGAUCCCCGGGACGACCUUCGGCCCUAGGCAGCGGCGUGCCUUGCAGAUUUGCGAAAUGGAAGCUAUCAAGUUGAUUAAUCAGGCUGUGAGGAAUCCGAAUCCUAAGCGCGCUGUGAGUGACGCGGUGCUUUUGGCGGUUAUUUGUAUGGCGCAUCAUCAGGCUGAGGAGGGCCUGGUACACCAGCACCGCAAAACGCCGUUCAAUCCGCCUUUUCCGCGACUGCAGUGGAUCGAUGUCUAUGGGUGUCUGCCGCCGAAUAUGGUUCAUAUCAAAGGACUGGUGCAGUUGAUCAAGCUACGGGGUGGCUUGACGAAUAUCCCAACAGAGGGUCUAGCGGCGACGAUAUCUUUCUCGGACAUCCUGACGUGCAGCGUUUUCUGCGUCCAUCCAUGCUUUGAAUUCUGGCCCCUAACCGAAUCUCGCAUGGGAAUGUCCAUCCAAGAAAUGCUCGGCUUCACCCAAAGAGACAUCGACCAGGGCUUCGGCCGUCUCCAAGAAAUAGGAGCAACCAGCCAAAUGGCAGAAGCCUUCCAAGCAGUCCACGCCUACAUCUCAAUGAUCAAAGCGAAUCCAACCUCCGUCCGCGACCACACCCUCCUCUCUCUCGCCCCAGCCGCAGACCUCCACACCUUUUUCUCCCUCUCCCACGCAGCCACAUACGAAGCCUGCCGUCUGGCAGCUCUCAUAUUUGGCGUCGGCGUGCUGUUCCCCAUCCCCGCCCAAAACACACCCCUCAAUAACAUCGCCCGUCUCAUCCAAGCCGUCCUCCUCCAGCCAACCGCUUCAGAACUCUGGUCCACCCCUGCUACCCGCAUCCCCCUCCUCUGGAUCUUGACUCUGGGCGGCAUCGCAGCGAGCGAGACGCCCGAGCGCGCGUGGUUCGUCUCCGCCCUGGAGGAUAUCAUGUCCAAAAUGGGUAUCCACACUUGGCCCAGCUUGAAGACUCUGCUCGUGUCCAUGAUCUGGUACGAUGCCGCUUGUGAUAUGGCUGCGGAGGCGCUUUGGUUCGAGUGCCAGUCGCAGGCUAGACAUGGCUAUGUUAUUGAGUCGUGA